UCAAGAAUUCAAUAGUGUCAGUUCUUUGCACGCUUACAAAGUUUCGACCUUUUGAAUUUUGGGAGCAAAUCUUGAGACAUGCCUUCAAUGAGUGCUAAUAAUUUUUCAAGAAACAGUCAUCAGCAUCACCCUAACCAAACAAAAGGGGAUUUUUUUGCCAGGAAGCAAAAGAUUGAGCAACAGAGAAAAAAUUUACCAAUUGCUGCAGUUGAAAGGAGACUAGUGGAGGAGGUGCGGAACAAUGACACUCUGAUAAUCGUUGGAGAAACUGGAAGUGGAAAGACAACUCAAAUACCUCAGUAUCUUUUUAAAGGGGGAUUUUGCCGUGAUGGUGGUAUCAUUGGGAUAACUCAACCUAGACGUGUGGCUGCUAUUACUGUUGCUAAACGUGUUUCUGAAGAAUGUGGAGUUCCGCUGGGACAAAAAGUUGGAUAUGCUAUUAGAUUUGAAGAUGUAACUUCUGGCCUAACAAAGAUCAAAUAUAUGACAGAUGGUUUGCUUCUAAGGGAAGCAUUAUUGGAUCCAUACCUCUCCAAGUAUUCUGUUAUUAUUGUUGAUGAGGCGCACGAGCGAACUAUCCACACUGAUGUAUUGCUUGGCUUGUUAAAGAAUGUACAGAAAGCAAGGUCAAAGGGUAUCAACGAAGUGGUAAAUACUGAUCAUAAUAAUUCUAAUAACGGGCAUGCCUCGGAGGGGAGGAUUGACAAUCAGAAUAAUGGUAUUUUGAAGCCAGGUCAAGCGAAAAAGUAUAACCCAUUGAAAUUGAUCAUCAUGUCAGCUAGUCUGGAUGCACGAGUUUUCUCAGAGUACUUUGGUGGUGCAAGAGCUGUUCAUGUUCAGGGACGGCAGUUUCCUGUCGAUAUAUUCUAUACCCAUAAGCCUGAGACAGAUUGCAUAGAUGCAGCUUUGAUUACUAUAUUUCAGAUACAUCUAGAGGAGGGUCCCGGUGAUAUACUUGUAUUCCUUACUGGCCAAGAAGAGAUUGAAUCCGUUGAGAGGCUUAUCCAUGAACGCCUCCGACAAUUACCUGAAUGCAAUAGGAAGCUCUUAACUUUUCCCAUAUACUCGUCACUUCCCUCUGAGAAGCAAAUGAAGGUUUUCAUGCCUUCACCAGCUGGAUAUCGUAAG